AUGGCUUCCAGAUUCUCAGAAGAGGAUUUCUCCUGUCCCGUGUGUCGCGACAUCUUCAAGGAUCCGGUUCUGCUGCUAUGUAGUCACAGCUUUUGUCAAAUGUGCCUGCAGCAGUUCUGGGAAAUCAAAGGCGUUAGAGAAUGUCCAGUCUGCAGGAAGAGAUCCUCACAAGAAAACCUUCCACUUAACCUGCAUCUCAGGAACUUGUGUGAGACGUUCCAACGGGACAGAAGUCGAAAAGAGCCCUUCUGCAGUCUGCACCAUUCAGAACUCAAACUCUUCUGUAAAAAUGACAAACAGCUUUUGUGUUUGGUUUGUCGAGACUCUAAACUUCAUAAAAAACACAACUUUAGCCCCAUCAGUGAAGCAACAUUGGACUUUAAGGACGAUCUGAGGAUCAAAAUGAGGCUUUUACAGAAGAAACUUACAGACUAUAAACAAGUGAAACGUAGUUGUGAUCAAACUGCUGAGUACAUUAAGGUCAAGUUCAGUGACACAGAGAGGCAGAUUAAGGAAGACUUUCAGAGGCUUCACCAGUUUCUUCGAGAUGAUGAGGCAGCCAGGAUAGCUGCACUGAGGGAGGAAGAGAAGCAGAAGAGUCAGAUGAUGAAGGAGAAGAUUGAGAAGAUGAACAGAGAGAUCGCAUCUCUUUCAGACUCAAUCAGAUUUGUACAUGAGAAAAUGGGAGCUGAUGAUGUGUUAUUCCUGCAGAACUACAAGAGCACAGUGGAAAGAGCCCAGUGCACACUGCAGGAUCCAGAGAGGGUUUCAGAAGGAGCUCUGAUCAAUGUGGCAAAGCACCUGGGCAACCUGACUUUCAGAGUCUGGGCCAAGAUGCAGGGUGUGGUUCAGUACACUCCGUUGAUUCUAGACCCCAACACUGCAAGCCCACAACUCAUCCUGUCUGAGUGUCUGACCAGUGUGAGGUUCAGUGUUAAAGGAACCCAGCAUCCCCGUCCCAACAUUAACCUCGAUAGUCCUGGGCUCAGUGUCCUGGCCUCUGGGGGCUUUAGUGCAGGGACCCACUGCUGGGAUGUGGAAGUUGGAGACAGAGGCGGCACCUGGGCCCUGGGAGUGAAGACGGAGUCUGGUCAGAGGAGGUGGAUGGAUUGCACGAACAGGUCCUGGAGUAUGGAAUAUUCCAAACAUGGAUACAAAGCACGCUCCCCAUCCCAACCGAUCGCUGUCCUUGCUGUGGAGCGGAAACCCCAGCGAAUCAGGGUGCAGCUGGACAGGGACAGAGGAAAGCUCUCCUUCGUCGACCCUGAUCAAAACACAAACCUGCAUUCUUUCACGCACGCUUUCACUGGGGAGCUGAUUCCAUUCUUUUCCACGUCAUCCUCUCUGAGGAUCCUACCAGUGAAGGCCACCGUGACAGUGGAUCAGUUCAGAGCCUUCCACUGCAUGUUCCACACCAGGCAGCACAAGGCCGACGAGGAGAGUCACGUAUUGCAUGACCUGGCCAAUCCCAGCAGAAACAAGCAGCAGGACCCAGUAGCACAAGACCUGGAAAGACGAUCGAGCCGAGAGAAAAAGCCUGCGUCUGUCAAUAGAACCCAGGCACAGCCAAAGCCCUCUGACUGUCCUCCAUGUGAUGUCUGUCUCGGAGGCAGAGCAGUGAUAAAGUGCAUCACCUGCAAUGACCAGUUCUGCCAGCUCUGCGUCAGACAUCACUACAGCAACAUGCCUGGACACCAGCUGCAGAACCUGAUUCAGUUCACCUCAGUGAGGUCAGACUCCGUGUCUUUGAGCUGGCCACCAACACAGGACACUAGUGAUCGUCAAAAGUUCAAAGUCACCUGGGCACGAGGCCCAGAUCAGCGCAGCCUAGUGGUGACGCGUCCGGGGAUGGACGUGACCGAUAUUCUUCCAGGAGAGAAGUACAUCUUUAAUGUUGCCAUCAUCAAUGAAGAUGGUGAUCUGAAGCCAUAUGCUACUGGAUGUAUAGACACAGACUUUGUCAAACAACGUACUGUAUGA